AUGGAGAAGACGUCGCAUAAUCCUUUGAUUUGCUACUCCUUGCGUAAGCGCCCAGAUUGGGUCUCCUUUGCCUCGGCGGCUCUACAUGGCAGCAUCAGAUGGAAAGAAGCGCGACUCGAUACACAUGAUGCAGCACUGCCCAUACCAGGUCCCGUUGGCCAAUCUCGCAGGAUCCUACGUGCUAUUUUUCUAUCGCCAUCAGAUGUUGGUACAGACGAUUGUCAGAACCGAAUCCAGCGGCUAUUUCACCUAAAUGGAGGCCAAGACGUUGUUAUUGUAUUCUUGCUUAAGCAGGAAGAGGAUAAGGUGAGUCCAAUGUCGGCGUUCAUGACACUUCAGUUAAGUCUUGGUGAAUUUGAAAUGCCUGUAAUACCCGUCAACUCAGUUCAAAUGGUACCAAACAGCUUGAUGGCGUUUCAUCGUCAAAUCAGUACCAGCAGCGGUCCUCGAAGGAUGGCAAGCCCAGCUCAAACUCUUCUUCCAUACUGCUCCUAUGGACCACGCCUAUCUGAGCACGCAGUGAAUGUCUUAACUGACAUUACCUCUGACAUGAGAGACUUGUUAGAUAUGAUGACAAUACCGGAUGGGCGGACGAAAAUAAUCGACCUGUUGGAGGAUGAAUCGGAAGGCGCCAUCUCGUUCUGGGAGAAGGAGUAUAUGGUCGAUUGA